CGUAAUAAGAGUGUUGUCUAACGUGCCAGUGACUAUUGUUGAUAAAAAUAUUAAUAAACAUUUGACCAAAAAGAAAAAAAAUUGAUGAGAUAAAUGUGAUUAUAUUAAAGUUAUUUCUUCAUGUUUUGUUUGGACUUCAAGCAAAGCUAAUAUGUCCUAGUAAAAUGGCUGGGUUUUUGAAACCUUUUAUUAAAUUGGAGGCUGGUGAGGAGAAUGCAAUAACAAGCGUCACACCGGCCGGUAUCGUAAUAAACAAGAUACCAGCAGAGAUCAAGCCCAGCAUGAAACGUGAUCGUGUAUCCACAACAACAACAACAGGAGUUACGGCUCCACUGUUGAAGUCUCCCAAGUAUAUGCUGCAGACCAGCAUCAGCAACAUGCCUUCCUCCACAACAUCCCUGCAAUGGCAGUCUACACUGGGAGACAUUAAAAAGGGUCAUUUGGGGACAGCUAUCUCAUUGCCACCCAAUACGAUAAUAAAAGCCACAACCCGACCAGCAGCAGUCGGAGCCAGCAGUAAUAGUAGCAGCAUCGGUAACGGGAACAACAAUAUGAAUGCCAAGCAAGUGCUGAGCAAUAUAUCAGCUGUGGCAUCCUCCAUAGCAAGCACCCUGACCUCAUCUACAACGAGUAACACACCAGCUGUUGGCAGCGUGGCCUCUCCCGUACGGCAAACAUUCUUCAUAAAACGCGAAGUGCCGCAACGCACCAUGCGCGGCAUGACAUUGAAUUUGAUCGAGAAUAAUCCGAUGUUGCAUUUGGGCAUACAGCCCGAUCGCUUGGCUCUGCUCAAGCGUACAAUUUGCCGCACGGCCAAUGUAACCCAUCUGGAUUGUUGCAUUGCUUUGAAAAAGUUGCGACAGAAUGAAUCGUUUUCCCUGCUCGGAGAAUACUUCGAAUAUAGCGAGGCGGACGUGGAGAGUAUCUUUACACGGACGCUGGUCAAAAUGGCACGAUAUUUGCGACACCUGAUACGAUGGCCGGACUCAAAGCGAUACUAUGAGCGACUGAAAUAUCUACCUCUGGCCUACAGGCGUAAUCUGUUGCAUAUGCAAUCGUUGAUCGAGUGCGUUGAAACGGAAGUAAGCGAAACGUUGAACUUGGGCUGUUCCAGCUAUAAAUUCAUAUUGUGCAUUAAUACAAAUUGCAUAAUUAGCUUUAUCUCGAAUGCCUAUCGGGGUGACUGCGACGAUCUGCAGCUGUUCGAGGCCACAAAUUUUAAAGCCGCAAUACCCAAAUAUCUCACAUUGUGCGGUGAACCUGGAAAAUCGGUGCCCCGGACGCACAGCAACAAAUCACGUCGGGCGAAAGUAACUAGCAGCACUGCCAUGGUCGAUACUGACUCACUGACAGAUUCAGCGGACGAAGAUGCCGAUUUGGAGUGCUCUUUUCCUAGUGAGGACCGGAUACCGAUAAGCAAAUUUGAUGCACAGCGACUGACCGGCUCACUGGCCUCCAUGCAAACACUGAAAGUUGUCGAUGGCAAUCUGACAUCGACACGAGCCCCCAGUAUCCGAGUACCCACCUUGAAUGUUCACGAACCGGCGUGUCGAGCCCAAAUGCGUGAUAUGGUCGACGCAUUGCGUCAGUUCAAGAUGCUGGCGCAUUGUGGCAUUCAACAGGCGUCAUUAUUUAGCUAUUUGAAUGAAAUGUUAAUUGUGGCUGCUGCCUUAAAUAAUCUGCAGCGAUAGCCCAAUCUCCCGAUUUCUGGUUAUAUGCAGUUGUUUUAAUUCUGGCUGAAUAUUUUGUAAAUCAUGUUUGUACAAGCAAGUACAUAGUUUAAGUUUUGAAUAAUAUGCAGGAAUAAUUUGAUUGUAAAGCUAAUGAAACAUUUUGAUUCUUAUUAUUCUGUUUGUGCAUUAUGCUUUUUCUCUUAUUAAUUAGUUCAUUUGUCGCUAAGAGAAACAUACAGCCACAUGUACAUACUAUGCACGUGUCCAUACAAUAUUAGGUACGUAGCAACUAUAACAAAUAUAAACCCAAACUUUCUCUUUGAAA